UGUGUGUGCGUGUGCUGAUGGGCGUGUGUGUGUGUGUUUUGACACUGUGUCUGGAGAGACACUUCGCGUGAAGACACUGAGGUCUACAGGGAUCUGGAGGAACAAUGUCUGCCCUGAAGCUGGAGGAGAGUCGACAGCGGAUUCGUACAGAACUUGAUACUGUCGUGGACUUCUGGCUCAAAUACUCUCAUGACACUGUACAUGGGGGCUUCUUCACUUGCAUUGGACGCGAUGGAAAGGUUUAUGAUGAGCUUAAGUAUGUCUGGCUGCAGGGUAGACAGGUGUGGAUGUACUGCCGCCUGUACCGAACCAUGGAUCGCUUCCGCAAGCCUGAAAUCCUUGAAGCAGCCAAAGCUGGAGGAGUGUUCCUCAGGAGGUUUGCUCGUGUGUCCAGCAGCCGUGGUCAAUGGAAAUGUGCCUUCUGCUUAACAAGAGAUGGUAAAGUGAUCAAAAUUCAGAGGACUAUAUUCAGUGAGUGUUUCUACAUCAUGGCCAUGGAUGAACUGAGCAGAGUCACUGGUGACAAGGACAUGCAGCUGGAGGCUGAACAGAUGAUGGAACAGUUGAUCUACUGGGUUCGAGUGGACUCCUCAGGCUUGGGCAGGCCCCAGCUUCCUGGAGAUGUUCCUACCAACAGCAUGGCCAUCCCCAUGAUGCUCUUGUGCCUUGUGCAACAGCUCACGGAAGGCCGGGGUCAGGCAGUGGUUCAGAAGUACAAAGAACUGGGCAGCUGGUGUGUACAGCAGAUUCUACAGCACAUACAGAGAGACGGCACAGCUAUUUUAGAGAAUGUGUCAGUGGAUGCAGCAGAACUGCCAGGUUGCCAGGGCCGACUUCAGAACCCAGGCCAUGCCCUGGAAGCAGGCUGGUUCCUGCUUCAGUACAGUGCAGAGUGGGCGGACAAAGAACUCCAGAAGACCGCCAUUAACAAGUUUGUGGAGCUGCCUUACCAGUAUGGAUGGGAUAAAGAGCACAGUGGUCUCUUUUAUUUCCUGGAUGUGGAUGGUUACUGUCCCACACAGUUGGAGUGGAGCAUGAAGCUCUGGUGGCCUCACUGUGAGGCCCUCAUUGCCUUCCUGAUGGCCUACAGUCAAACCAAGAAGCACGAGCUGCUGGACAGAUUCUCUCAAGUUUACGAAUAUACCUUCAGUCAUUUUCCUGAUGCUAAGAGCGGAGAGUGGUUUGGCUAUUUGACACAAGAAGGGGAGGUGGCACUGGAUUUCAAAGGAGGCCCGUUUAAAGGGUUCUUCCAUGUUCCCCGUUGCCUGUACAUGUGUGAGCGGAUUCUUGAUGAUCUGCUGGCCAACAAGGACUGAGCACUCUGACAUUGAUUUUACAAUAAUUGGACUGAAGCUGAUUUGUGAUUCUGUUCAUGAAGUCAAAUCAUCAUAAUCAAGUUAUAACGAAAAAUUCGAUUCGAAAUUUGCAUUUCUGUUGAUUUACUAGUUUCAUCUCAUUAAAAAUGUUUUGUUACUGACCGACUCAUUAAAUUUGUUGGUAUAUGAUAUUAUGGCACCAAGAGGAAAUUUGUGUUAAGCUAAGAUUUACUUUCUUGGACGGACUAAUGUUUUUUCUUACUUUGUGCCCACCUGUCUUAUUUUUUCCCCUGUAAGAUACUAAAGAGGAUAUCCUACUGUCUGUCUUAGUUCAUGGACAUUGACACUCACACUUUACAUCUACACCAAAUGCAUUUUACUGUGUCAGUUGGCCCACAACAUGCCUUUUUCCAUUAUCAAGUUCCAUCCCAGGGUCAACACUGUCAACCAGAUACGCACUGUCCCUUCUUCAUCACACAUACUAAAACAUGAACUCAAAGAACGUGUCAGUUAAGGCCUUAAUUCUACAUGGUCACUGAGCUUUGGAGCCAGUUUUAAACACAUUUUAAAGAACACAUAUCUGAAUACAGUUUUCCAGCAUACCAAUUCAUAUAUUCUAACUAACUGGUGAACCACAAUGAAUGUUACAGAAGUAAAGAAAUCUAGUGUUUGACUGCUAGUUCUUGGCAUUAGUACAUUCACAGCCAAGUCAAUGAAUUGUGUUUUGAAAUAUUACAGCUGACAAAUAAAUGUGAAACCUUAUGUACCCAUUUCA